AUGAGGAGCAGCCUUACUAUGGUAGGCACCUUCUGGGCCUUCCUGUCCCUAGUUACUGCUGUGGCCAGUUCUACCAGUUAUUUCCUUCCUUACUGGCUGUUUGGAUCACAGCUCGGAAAGCCAGUAUCUUUCAGCACAUUCAGAAGAUGCAACUACCCUGUGCGGGGAGACGGGCACAGUCUGAUCAUGGUGGAAGAAUGUGGGCGCUAUGCCAGCUUUGGUGCCAUACCAAGCCUGGCAUGGCAGAUGUGCACGGUGGUGACAGGUGCUGGCUGUGCUCUGCUGCUCUUGGUGGCACUGGCUGCUGUCCUAGGAUGCUGCAUGGAAGAGCUCAUCUCUAGAAUGAUGGGGCGUUGCAUGGGAGCUGCACAGUUUGUAGGAGGGCUGCUGAUAAGCUCAGGCUGUGCAUUAUAUCCCUUAGGAUGGAACAGCCCGGAGGUAAUGCAAACAUGUGGGAAUGUCUCCAAUCAAUUUCAGUUAGGAACCUGUAGACUUGGCUGGGCCUAUUACUGUGCUGGGGGCGGAGCCGCUGCAGCCAUGUUGAUCUGCACCUGGCUCUCUUGCUUUGCUGGAAGAAAUCCCAAGCCCGUUAUGUUGGUGGAGAACAUCAUGAGGAAUACCAAUUCUUAUGCCCUGGAGCUUGAUCACUGCCUCAAGCCUUAA